GCGAAAUUUUGACGAUGUCAUUACGGUUUUGCUAUUCGACGAUAGCAGUGAUAACUCCAGUAGCGAUGACGACGAUCUUGACUUACUUUUAGUUGAAUUUCUGUUUCCACCCCAAACGAAUAAAGACGUUCCCAGAUUGAAUUUUCAAGACAUCACCGAUGCCGACUGUGAAACGAUGUUUAGGUUUCAGAAGAACGACAUGGAACACCUUUUGGACUGCUUACAGAUUCCCGAACAUUUCGUCUGCAGCCAAAGAACUAAAGCAACUGGGAUGGAAGCACUCAUGAUCUUGCUACGAAGGCUAGCAUACCCGAAUAGAUGGUGUGAUCUUGUCCCAAUAUUUGGAAGACCCGAGUCUGAACUUAGUCUCAUAUUUAACAAAGUAUUGGACGACAUUUAUGAUCGCUUCAAGCAUCUGCUUGAAUCCCUUGACCUCAUUUGGCUUGACCCACAACUCUUUUCACAAGUUAUAUACGAUAAAGGAGCACCACUUGAACAAUGCUGGGGCUUUAUUGAUGGAACGCCAAGGCCCAUCGCACGACCUACAGCUAAUCAACGGAUUAUGUACAGUGGGCAUAAGCGAACGCAUUGCUUAAAAUUCCAGUCCGUUCAGGCUCCUAAUGGGCUUAUUGCMCACAUGUAUGGUCCUAUAGAGGGGAGGAGGCACGAUGCCUUCAUGCUUGGCGAGAGUGGCCUACUAAAUAAGCUGCAGCGAUUUCAGAAACCCAGCGGAGAGCCGUAUGUUAUAUACGGGGACCCAGCUUAUGGCAUUACACAGAAUAUCAUAUCGCCAUUCCGUGGAGCUCGACUACCUCCUGAUCAACAGCAGUUCAAUAGCCUAAUGAGUAAAGUCAGAGUAACUGUUGAGUGGGGAUUUGGAAAAAUCACUCAACUGUUUGCUUUUUUAGAUUUUAAGAGAAAUUUAAAGGUUCUUCUUCAGCCUACAGCAAAAUAUUACUUGGUAGCAUGUGUUCUGGUUAAUUGUCAUACCUGCCUGUAUGGGUCUCAAACCAGUAAGUUCUUUGGAUUAGAUCCUCCUACAUUAGAGAGAUAUCUUUCCAAUCAAUAAGAUAUAUCUAGGCAUUGUUAACUAAACAAAGUCACUACUGCACAUAUUGUCUAACCUUUUUAAACAAAUUUCAAACUGCAUAUAGCUUCAUUUUACAAAUAUGGGAAGUAUCUGUAAAACCAAUGAGUGAAUCCUUAAUAAACAUAUAUUGAACUUU